CACAUUUGAGAGGUCUCAGUCCUCACACAUUUUUUCACCUUGUUGAACUUUUUCAUAACCUUUUCAUAUCUGCUUCAGUCACUGCAGUUGAUCAGACCUUCACAGACAGACACUUUUUUUUUUUCCAGCUGGGAAUGAAUGCCCUUUGUAGAGUGUUAGCCCCAGCUUUCUAUUGCAUGUGGCCAAAACGUACUGUCUUGCUGUUUUUCUUCUCUCUGUGCUGCCUGAUGACACAAGUGACUUUGAAGGAGGAUGGUCUUUUCUAUUCUCUACCCCUUAGAAAAGCUGUAGAGGGUUCUGCUGGUUGAAUCCACCCAUUAAAUUUUCAGGCUGUAGAACUCUGUGUGUUUGUACAACCCUCCUUUGUGUACAGCACUGUUAGUUGAGUUUUCACAGAGUCAUGAAUUACCUGGAAUUUUCUGUCGGGCGCUAAAGUGGCAACACAUCUGGGCUGCACAACCUGUACCACUUGUAAAUGAGCUUUGUGAGAGAAGUUACAGACUUUAAGGUAAUAUUUACCUUAAUAUUUAGUGCUGCUGGAAGAUGUCCAUAGAUGUCCAUACUAUUUUACCUUUUGGCAGCAUGUGGAGCCUGCAUUGAUAAAUUUGGAUGUAACUUCAUGUUUCCCCUCGCUGUUCCGCUUUGAUGUGGCCUCCCGAUACUCUGCAACAGAUACUGUGUCACUGAGAAGAUUACUGGAGAUUAGGAGAGCAGAAUCAGGCAUGUUCUGAACCCUGAUCCCACAUUUACUGACAGGAUGGGAGAGGGAGGAAACAACAUACUUAGAUUCUAAUCCUGCAAACGCCGAGGAGGACGUGAAUAACUUGAGAUCUCGAGGAUUAAGCAUAUGAACACAGUGAUUCAUUUGUGAGGUUUGCACAACUGAACUUGUGUAGAAUGAGGUUUGCUAUAUCCUAAUUGGCUUUAAAGGGCUGCUCUGGAAGCCUGCUCUCCUGUUAGUGGUUUUCCUGUAAGUCUAUUAAUGAAGAAAGUAACUGGAAACUCUACAGAAAUACAUUAUAAAUAGAAUUUCAGUUUUAAAAUGUUGCGAUUGUAAGUGCUGCUUAGGUACUUGGUUGUCUUAAGAAUGUAAAUGUUGCAUUCAAAGCAGACUGUUCAGUAUUUCAUCUGUGUUGGCGUUUUAAAACUAGUUUUUCAAUGCUGGAUGUUCAUAUUUAUAGGAAUUUAUUUUAAAUCACCUCUGUACAUUGAGCUGCAGUCUAGUCAGCUGUGUCAAAUCUUGCAAUACUGUGAAAGGCCUAUUUCAUGCCAAACUGCUCAAGGUUACACCUGCAAGUGCCCCGUGUUCUGAUUAUCUGAAGGAUCAUAUAAUAAUAUAAUCCUUGGGUUCUGUUAAAAAAAUUCUGUGCAUCUGCACCUUAUGCAGGGGAAGGCUUACUCCAGCAAACAUUCAGCCAAGACCUCUAAUUGUCCUAAACCUGGUGUAACAAGAACCAGCAAGUCGUUAACUCGCCUGCUGCUCCUUGGAAAAGUUUGCUCCAUACAGUUUUAGGAAAUGUUACAUAAAUAGAUUAGCUAUAGGUGACAGGGUGAACAGUUAAUAGGGCUUGUAGCACAGAUAAAUCCUUCUUAACUUUAUUUUUCACAGAUAGAAACAUGAAAGGAGGGGAAAAGGAAUCUGUUUUCCACUAUUUUAGUGUGGCAGAACUAGAGAAACAUUUAAAUGCCACCAGGGAUGGAAUAGUUAAUGUUUCUCUGCCAUCCCUUAAUGGGAGUAUGGAGAGUGAGAUCAGCUUGCAUUCUGCUCUGUGGUGUUUAGUUUAAUAAUCACACUCCUCUGGGAGCUUUGGGAAACAGUUCCUGACAGCUUAAGGGAGUGAGGGGGAUGUGGCUGCAGAGACUUGUGGAAAUAUUUGCUGCAGUUUACAAAAUGACAUUUUUACCCCCCUUAGACUAAAGUGUGUGCUUUAGUUUUGGAAAUAGCCUGUUCAGUUCAGCUUGGGUAGCAUGUGAUGUCAAACAGCCAUUUAUUAAUAAUCUCCCAUAGGGUUUCAUUUGGUGCACAAUCAUCCCAAAAUGCUGUAAAAUGAUAAUAUCUUGGUUAUGAUUUAGUGUAUUGAUUUCCAGCUCCCAGCCACCUCUUUGUUUAAUAACAAUCUACCCUUGGUGCUAUUGUAUUCUCUAAGCCUGCAGAUGAGGCGGGAACUUCAUUUAAAGCCCAAGUUGUUAUUCUGUAGCAGUUUCUCUGGGAGGCAAGUGUAAAGACAAAACAUCUUAAUUUACAUUUCAGCUUGUCAGGAUUCACUAUCUCCCACCCUCCUGUCCAAUCUGGUUUUGAAUCAGAGUGUCAACAUAUCAUCAUGUUCAAGCUAAUCCUAGAAGCUGGUUUGUAGUUCUUUUUCUCCCUUUCUGCAUCCUUUUCUUUUUUUUUUUUUAUUUCCUCCCUCAGGUGAACAUGUUUGGCUGAGUUGAUAAAUAGCCUCUAUAUCCUGGGUUUUUUUAACAUGCAGCUCUAGUAUGUGUAAGCAUAAGCACAAACCUACAAAGAGUUAAUUCAAUCAAAUAUUUAUUCUCAAUACCAUGAAUGGGGGUUGUUAGCUAAUUCAGCCAGGAUGACUUAUUUACUUGCAACUUAAAUAUGAGCUGUAGACCAAACAAAAUCUGUUCAUACAGCAUGGACAGAAAACAGCUUUUUCCUCAUGACUUACAAAUGUGAAUGAGUCUUGCUGUUAGACUGCUGACAGAGCCUCUUAAAAUAUGUUUAGAGUGUUUCCUCCGUUGUGAAUGGAUUUUGUAAGCCUUGUGGGCAUUGUAUGUAUGCAGAGGAACACAUGCAUUCGACUUCUUCUGUGUGAUUACAAUUCCCUUUACCAGUUACUCCAAUGUAAUUGAAUCCCUAAAAAUAUACCUUUGGAAUCUGCUGAAAGCAGUCCAUGAGAACAGGGCUUUAUCACUGAUAUCUAAAGACUUCCACCAACCUGUCUGAUGUUUCUUCCUCAAGGGACAAUGAUGAUGCUGUUUCUGUAAGAACAAAACCAAGGUAGCUUUGAUGUAAAAAGGUAUUUGCAUUCAUCAGAUUCAGUGAGAUUAGGGUGAGGUUUGUGCCUUCCCAGAGUUACUUGGUCUGCCUUUAGUUAGAUCAGUGCCCUCUGUCAUGGAGCAGAUGGUGCCUAAACUGAGGCUGAGCCAGCAGCUCCCCUCCUUUCUUCAGAGAAGGUCUGAAGAGGUUUCAGAAGUGCCUUGUGAAUGAAAGCUCACACAUUCCCUGUGCCUCUCAAGCCAUUACUGGCCUGAGUGGGAAGUGAUCCUCAGAUGUCUCUCUAGAGCAGAGGUACUGAACAGACACAGGACAGUCUCUUCCUUCGCUAGCAGAGGCUCAGCUGAUGGGGAACCCAGUUACUUUCAGGUGUCUCUCAGCUCUGCUGCUUCCUCUUGUUUUCUGCCACAGAAAAGCAAUAGGCAGUAUCUUCUAAUCAUCUUCAGCUACCCAAAUUUGUGAGCCUCCCCUUCUACGUUACAGUGGUUUAUGGCCUAUUCGAGUUCAUCAUAUGAUCAUGAAGAACUGUGAUAAACCAUUUUUACAGCAUACACAUGUAUUUGUUACGAUUUUUUUCUCUUUUGAGUUUGACUUAGGCCCAAGAAGGACUGUAAUAAGCAGAGAGGGUCACAGAGACAGCUUUCUGCAGUAACUUUAUUCUGAUGUGCUGUGUGUAUGCACUGUUUUUUUCUUUUUUUUUUACCUACAUGAACUUUUGAGGCUCUUUCAUUCAGCUGAUGGGGAAGUAAAUGCUUUAUAUACUUAGGCCACUAAAAUUAAUGCAGACCUACUUCUCUCCUCUGCAUCCCACUGUGGUUCCAUACUGUGAGUAGAAAGAGAUUGCCAUGGAAUUUCUGUUAGGAAUCCUUCCUUCUUCAGAAACAUGUGUGCCAAAUGGUGCUGUUAGUGGGCCUGAGGCUCAACUUGAUGUAUACGUAAUUUAUCUAUUAUAGAAGGACACUUCCAAUGCUUUAAGCCUUCCUUAAGGAAUAAAAAAAAGUAUGUGGCAGUUGUUAUUUGUGGUAUUACAUCUUUUCACAUUUUGCCUUGCUUUCCUAAGUCAGAGGCUGGGUGGAAAGGGGGCAUUUGGGCUCUACACUGAAAGGCUGCAAGGCAACAGCAAAAUUUUUUGGAAAUUAUAAGUGUGGGAAGCUACUUUCUGUCAAAAUCUUGAUCUUAGUGAGUUAUUUCUUUUGAAUAGGUGUUAGGUGGAUUUCUUGUGCUGUUUUCCACUCCCAGGGUCUCAGGAUCUCAGUCUGGGUUUCCUGGUUUUCCAUGGCAGGGGGGUGGAAAGUGUUGGUCUUUAAGGUCUAUUCCAACCCAAACUGUUCAAUGGUUCUAUAAAACACUUCUUGGUGUUCACAUUUAUAAAAAUGUUUCUUGAAUUAUUCCUGAGUUUUACUGGGAAAUGGCUAUGAAAUUCUGUUUUUAGAAUAAGUGCAGCUUGUAUUUGUGAACAUGUUGGUGCAGAGAGAAAGGACAAAUCAGGUUUACUUCUGUUUUCUUCUUUCUCAUUCUCUAGGUAACCAACACAAAAAGUAACUGCACAAAAUGGCAGUAGAAUAGGCAUUUUAAAAAAUCAUAUCCUUUUACAUUCCCUGAGAAUAUUAAAAUAACAUUGGUAAAUUUUUAAUGUUUGGGAAAUAUGCAUGCAUAUUUUUAACCUGACAGGGUCUGCUUUUUAUGAACAAAUGUCAAACCAAACUUUAUACUGCGGUGUUAGCAAGUUGUAAAUGUGCCUUUGACAUUAAUAGGAAUCAUAGGUACUUUAAUUAAAGUUUCCAACUGACACCUUUCCUCAAAUGCUCACAGUUCUACGUAGCUGGUUAAUCUUCCUCAUACAUUUCUGUCUCCAGUUGGUACUGAGUGCAAAUUGUGCUUAUGACUUGAAUGAAAAGUUAAUUUAUUAUGAUGGAGAGGCUGUGUUUUGUGAGCUAGCAGAGCCAGCUGUGGUGCUGGUUCAGCGUUGAACUCUGCCACUACCCAGUGCUUUCCCAUCCAUCCUGCUCAUGGCACAGAACCAUUAAUUUCUCUCCGCCCAAUGCAGAACUCUCAGGAAUCGUUGUUUUAUAGGGAAGUCCAAGUUUUAACACAGGAUAAAUAAUUUGCAAAUCACAUUUUUUUACCUCUUUACUCUGUUUUUCUCUUCAUGUGGAAGGCAGUAAGGUAACAAUGUCCUGUUAGUGCAGUGCAGUGAGUUUGGAAGAGCCCAGCUUUGCUCAUCUCCAUUUUAUGGUUGCCCAGCAAAGGUCAGAGGCUAGGAGCUGCUCAAGGACCACGGUGGCAAAAACAUGAUACUCCUUGGCAAGGGCUGUAAGACAUGCAGGGCUGUGCUGGGCCAGCCUGCUGGGUGCUCUGGGCCUGCCCUGGCCAGGGACACGGCUCACCCCUGGCUCCCUCCGGAGCACAGGCUGUGCCCAGCCCAGCACCGGGCACCUGGGGGAACUGCUGUGUCCUGCCUGGGAACACCUGCUGGAGUCGUUUCCUUUCGGUUUUCUGGGAGAUGGGGUGUGUGUCUUGUGGCUUGUAAAGUCAGGAGGGUCGGGUCCUCGUGACUGCAAUUACUGGGCUUAGGUAUUAAUUUCUGAAGGAUGCUGACAGGCUGUCUCUGUAAGAUGCUUAGCUGUAGUUAGGAGCAGCAAGACAGCCAAUGCUUGCCACUCCAGCAGUUGCAAUGGCCUUGAAUUAAACAACAAUUGACCCUAUUAGAAUACAUGUAACACAGAGGUUUUUGUACCUUAGCUGUACAUUGAUUUCUCUUUCUGGGAUCUGAGCAAAUGUCUGCUGGGGUUUAGGUUUUACUUCUACCUGACCUUGAAUAGAGCAAGUUUGAGUUGAAAGCAUGUUUGCCUCAGCUGUGCAGCAGACCAUUGUGUUGGCUGCUUAGCCCAUCACUAUUUACUAGAGAACUUUCCAGUUUGAAAAGACCUUGUUCCUAGAUAUGACAGAUGUGCUGCAGUUUAUAGAAGACAAAAAUUUGGAGCAGGAGCAUUUCUCUUGCAUUAAAUUGAUGCUCACAGCAGUCUCCGUAUUGUGUGCAGCUAUCUUUAGAAAUAGCUGGAUAUAUCUAUGCCCUCAGUGAAAUGUAGAAAGCAGCACUACUGAGGAGGUAUUUCAUUAUUUAAAAGCUGAAUGUUAAGAUUCACUGCUGCUGAUGCUCUGUACAUGACACAAACUGCAGAUACAACACAUUGGUGCUAAAUUAAAGAAUAAUAGAACUGAGAUAGAGAUGGUAUUGCUGAGCUUAUCCUGCUGACAAUUCUGUAGCAAUAAGUUGCCUCCUCAAAAUGUCCCUUCUCAAUUUUUCUCAAGAGUUUAAAUUCAACUUUUUUUUCUUCUUUUCUUUUCUGUUUUUUUUUUUUUUUUCCAUAAGAGACCCAAGAGCUGGAGAACUGCUUGUUUAUAAAUAAUGAAAUUGCCCCUAGUUAGGUAUGCCCUGAGACAAGUAUUCAAUCAUUUCUCUGCCUUUGGGUGCCAGCUCUGACAAGAGUUAGGCUGUGGUUCAGUGGAUGAACUGUCAACCCUAAUCCUCAUACUUAUAAUUUAUAUAGCAAGGUCAUUUAGUGAAGUAGUUUCUCUUUUCUUAGAAACCUUUAAAAGCCUGAAAAUAUUGCCAUGCUUAUUCUCAUUUAAGCCACUGUCCUAUUCUACAGUUUACUGACCUUAUUUUCACUGUAAUGUUUAUUUUUGCUGAUAUUGUAGAAGUGGUCAUUCUGCAGUAGUUUGCCCUUCUAACAGGUUAUUUAUUAAAGGCAUUGGAGAAUUGCUGUGCAAAGCACAUUGCUUUUGCAACCACCUCAGUACUUUCAACACUGCAGUGAAGGUAUUUCUCCAUGACAAGUUCACAAGUGAUCUGUGUCUGCCUGUGUGGCUGUUCUGAAGUUUUGCACAGCUCCUCUCUAACUCCUGAGCACCAAUGAUCUUUGAACUGCAAUUUAGGUGUCCAGUCAGCAGAAUUAUUUCUGGAGCAGUGGCAGCCUGUCCGAUGUUGUUGUUCUGUGCUUUUCAAUCGCUAAUCCUAAUUCCCUGAAUCAUGUGAAAACAAUGUGGUAUCAAGAAAUCAAGCACUUCUGUCCUCGCACACCUGUCAUUCUGGUGGGCUGCCAGCUGGAUCUCCGCUAUGCAGAUCUCGAGGCUGUUAACAGAGCCAGACGGCCUCUGGCAAGGCCAAUAAAAAGGGGAGACAUUUUGCCACCAGAGAGAGGCAGAGAGGUUGCCAAGGAACUUGGGAUACCCUACUAUGAAACCAGUGUAUUUGACCAGUUUGGAAUUAAAGAUGUGUUUGACAAUGCAAUUAGAGCUGCCCUGAUCUCCAGAAGACACCUGCAAUUCUGGAAAUCCCAUUUGAAGAAGGUCCAAAAACCUUUGCUUCAGGCUCCAUUCCUACCUCCAAAAGCCCCUCCUCCAGUUAUCAAAAUUCCUGAGUGUCCCACACCGAGCAUGAAUGAAGCUGGAUAUUUAUUGGACAGCCCGCUGUGUGCAGAUGUCAUGUUUGUUCUUCAGGAGCAAGACUGCAUUUUUGCUCACAAGAUUUACCUAGCUACCUCCUCUUCAAAGUUUUAUGACCUUUUCUUAAUGGAAUGUGAGGAAAGUCCAUACUUGGAUGAAACACAGUGUAAUAAAGAAAAUACAAAUAAGGAUGUUCUGACGAGUCACCUUGAGACAAACAGUGACAGUGACGAGGCAUCCUUGAAAUCUCCUAAUGUUAAAAUUCCCCCACCAGGAAGCAGUGAGUCUUUAAACAUGCUAGAACCUGAAUCUGGUGAAACAAACUCUGCAGCAAGACCUCUGUCCUCCUGGGGUAAGGGGUUUGUUAGUGUGCACAAGGAAAUGCAAGUGAAUCCUGUCUCAAAGCGGACAUGUCCUGUAACUGUGGUAAAAAUGGAUUCCUCUGUGCAGGCUGCACCUUUUAAAACUGUUUUGCAGUUUUUAUACACAGGCCAACUGGAUGAAAACGAAAAAGACCUCACCAGACUGGCUCAGAUUGCUGAAAUCUUGGAAGUAUUUGACUUGAGAAUGAUGGUGGAGAAUAUUAUGAAUAAAGAAGCCUUCAUGAAUCAAGAGAUUACUAAAGCAUUUCAUGUCAGAAAAGCUAAUCGGAUAAAAGAGUGCCUUUGCAAAGGGACAUUUUCUGAUGUGACAUUUAAAUUGGACGAUGGAAGCAUCAAGGCCCACAAGCCACUGCUGAUCUGCAGCUGUGAGUGGAUGUCUGCUAUGUUUGGAGGAUCAUUUAUUGAAAGCUCCAACAGUGAGGUAGCUCUGCCCAACAUAAACAAGACCUCCAUGCAAGCAGUUUUAGAUUACUUGUAUACCAAGCAACUGUCCUCCAGUCAGGAACUGGACACCCUUGAGUUAAUUGCAUUGGCAAAUAGGUUUUGCCUUCCUCACCUGAUUGCUCUAGCAGAGCAGCAUGCAGUGCAAGAGCUGACAAAGGCCUCCAUGAGCGGUGUUGCAAUAGAUGGAGAAGUCCUCUCCUAUUUGGAACUGGCACAGUUUCACAAUGCUAACCAGCUGGCAGCUUGGUGCUUGCACUACAUCUGCACCAACUACAACAGCGUUUGCUCCAAGUUCCGCAAGGAAAUCAAAGCUAAAUCUUCAGAUAAUCAAGAAUAUUUUGAGAGGCAUCGGUGGCCGCCUGUGUGGUAUUUAAAGGAAGAAGAUCACUACCAGCGAGUUAAAAAGGAGAGAGAAAAGGAAGAUGUUGCACUGAACAAACAUCAUUCAAAGCGGAAGUGGUGCUUCUGGAAUUCCUCUGCUGUAGUUGCCUGAACAAAGCAAAUAAGUGGAAAUCCAUAGCCAGAAGUUACUCUUAUUGUUAGAAAUACGAUAAAAGUUCAGGUUUUCAGGAAACUGCGUUCCACUUGUGCAUUUAUUACUUCUAGGGUCAAAAGCACAAGCUCACUGAAAAUGAGCCUGGAACAGCUCCUUGAAGUCAUAAUGUAUAUUUUUGACUGGUAAGCAGAUAAAUGUCAACCAUUAUUACAUUACUUUUUAUACAAAAAAGAAACCCAAAUCCAGCAUUAAUGUUUCAAUCUCCAGUUGGGAAAUAUUUUUAUACUGUCUGGUGUAUUUUGUUCAGAUAAAAUUCUGGAUACUGUUUUGUUUUACAGACCACAAAAUAACCAUGUAGCAGCUUUGUAAUUAGAUUUUAACUAUUUUUACUAUGCGAGUACAGUGAAAUAGACAAUCUUCAGUCAUAAGAGACUGCUUUCAGAGUAUCUCAUAAAAAGUCAUCUUAGGAAAAAAAAAAUCUAGCUGUCUACUAUAGGUUGUCUUUUUCAAACUAAGUACUGUGCACUGGUAAUAUAAUUAGAUGGUUAUUUCCCCUUUCUAAAGCAAAGGGUUAGAAUAAGAUCCAAUAACUGCAAGAUAUAGAGUGCUUGAUCUUUGCUCAGCUGAAUAAUAGACAGUAUAAUUACCUGUUCAACUGCAGGCAAAUGUAUUUCUAAUAUUUGCCAUGUAAGUGCAAAUAAUUAUGACUACGUGGGCCAUGUGAAAUCUAGUGAUUCUAAGUAGUCAGAGGUUUUAUAUGUCUAGAUCAAAGAGGAUAUUUCUAAAAUCAUUUAGAAGGGCUUAUUAAUUUAUAUCCUUAUACAAGUAUGGAUCUGAAUGCAAAAAGCAGUUACACUGCUUGCAUUUGAAUUACUGCAUGGCAGUUACCUUGUUCUGCAGGAUCUUCACCAUGCAGCCGUUCCUCAUGCUGAAUUCCUUUUUGCUUCGGUGCAAGCAAAUGAAAGGGCUGCACAAACAAGUAGAUCUAGUUAUCUAGUGUUCCAGCAUUUUGUAAGUGAAGAAGGGUCUUCACACGCAAGAUUACUUCAGUUUGAUCCAAAUUCUUUUAUAGCUUUCCCACAUAGAACUGAGAGUUUUAGGUUAUUUUUAAGUAGGUGAUGUAUUUCCUGUGGAAGUAGAUGUUCCCAGAAUGCUGGGGCAGACUGAUGGCAGAAAGGCAGGAAUUCUGCACAAGUGAUGCAGGACAAGCAAAAGCUUCCGGUGUUUCCAAAUAGCUUGUGUGUUUAUGACUUUUUGUUAACCAUUACUCUAAAGCCGCAGUGUUACACUAGAUUACAUAAGGAUGAGAGCAUUUUUAAAAGACCAAAACUAAAAUACAUAGACUGUAGAACAUACACAUGCAAUCCUGUGCAGUGUCUCAGGCACAACUCUGUAACCAAGGUAGUAUUGUGUAUUAGGUUUGUUAAUACUGUUUGUGCUGGCAGCUCAGCACACCAAUGUGAAAAGCUGUUUGUUUGUUUGUGGUUUUUUCUCUGUAUCCAAAGGCAAGGCAGUACAGUCACCCCCCAGCACUGUAGGUCAGGAAAGGCUUGGGCCUGAAAGCCAUAAACACCUCGACAUAUUUGCAUUCUGCACGGACUCAUGCCAGGCUGAGGCUACCACAGCUGGGUGGUGGGAGCCACCAGCAAGGGAGGAGAGGCUGCUCUACAAACCUUCAUGAGGAGAGCAAGUGAGAGAUUCCUACCCCUGAGAUCCAUCACCCCGUGGUGAUAAAGAAGGGCUAUAAACGAUGGUUGCAAAUAUGUCUCCUUAAUUCUUGGUCAGUGACAAUGUGGACAAGAACAUGGAAUGAGAGAAGGCGUGUCAAGACAGAAAAAUAGCUGUUGUCAUAAAAUGUUAACCAGUCACAUUUUAAGUAAGUAUUGCUACUAGGUUUUACACAACCAAAGCUACUGUAUGAUUGUAAUCUUGCCAAACUGUAAUGGAUAUAUAAAUGAACCUGAGGUAUAUGCAAUAAUAAUAUCCAGUUAUUCUAGUUAUCAGCUACUAUAACCAAGUGGCUGGUUCAUUUGGUUAAUGCUGUCUAUGGCCUUUAAUCUUGGUGGUUAUUUUGUGUUUUUUAUUUUGGAAAAAAAAAGUAAAUAAAACUGUUUAGUUACAAA